AUGAAUGAUUUACGUCAGCAGCAGAUGGUAGCAGCGACAUCGUCAUCAGGAUCGGAAUCGGGAACAGCGGUAGAAUCGGCAGCCGCCACGUCCACAGCAGGAUCAGCAGGAGCAGCAGGUCGCCUCCAGCCCAACUGCAACUCAAAGUCAGUGGCAGCGAGCAGCACGAGCGAGGAGGAGCAGCGGGUUAGCUCCACGUCUUCGCCAGCACAGCGGGAUCAGCAGCUGAAUGCGGAUCGGGAGCGGGAUCAGGAUCAGGAGCAGGAGCCACAGCAGCAGCCGCGCGAGGGGGCACUGCAGCAUCAGCACAACCAGCCCGGCCAUAUAACCAGCACCACAGCGUCGCCUCCGCCGACGCAGCCGCCUCCGACGACGCCGUGCGACGAUGCCCCAAGCACAACUGGAGCAUCUGCAUCUGCAUCGGCCAGCUCAGCAUCCGGAGAAGCACCAGCGGGAGCAGCGGGUGGAGCGAUGGCUGCCACGGCGAUCACGGUAGAGGGCGAGGAGCGGGACGGGCACAAGAUCAUCCUGAAGCUCUCCAUGCACUCCAGCCCCAACUCAAACCCAAAUGAAUCUCAGCCGCCGGGCGAUGAGAGGCGCGUGGAGCCCCUGCGCAUCCAUCUGCCCUGCAGCGGCGGCGGAGGAGGUGGAGAAGGAGGCCUGGUGGCCAAGCCGCAGGACGCCUUCGACGCGGACGCCUCCUCCUGCUCCUCAUCGUGCGCCGAGGACGAGGUGGCCAGCACUCUCGGCCAACAACUGCGAAACACCCCGCACAUAGUGCCAAAGCUGACCAUCCGCGCCGCCAACGAGAGGCGCGUGGGUAGCGUGGUGCCCAAGCUGACCAUCAAAUUGCCCGAGAACCCGGCUGCCUCUGGCUCCAACUCCAAUUCCGGGUCGUGCUCGUCGGGAGUGAGUGGCGGAGUCCAGUCGGCGAUGCCCGCCAAGAAUGACGCCCACUUGUCCAGCCUCUCGCCCGCCUCCGCCUCGUCCUCUUCUGCCUCGUCCUCCUCCUCUUCGUCGUCGUCGUCCUCUCUGGCGGAGAUGCAGACGGUGCCCAAGCUGAUGAUCAAGACAACGCUGGCCGGAAGCAGCUGCAUCAGCAGCAGCGAGGAGCAUCCGCACCAGCAGCAGCAGAUACCAAAGUUAACCAUCAAGACGGGUGGCAGCGGCGGCGGUCAGGAGCCCAUGCACACGGUCAUUAUGACGCACGACCUGACCAACGCCCAGAGCAUCCCCAAGCUCACCAUCAAGACGAAGUCCAUCGAGCUGCUUGAGGACGAGCCGGCGGCCAAGGUGGAGCCGCCUCUGCCCAAGCUGACCAUCAAGAACCUGUGCUCGCCCAAGCACAAGGUGCGUGCGGUGCUCGAGGAGAAGCCGAUAACGGCGGCCUCCAAGCUGGCAGUUCCGAAGCCCACGCCGGCCAAUCCUACGCCGACGGUGACGAACGCUCCGAUGACGAAUGGCGGCGAGUCGAACAGCAGCAGCCAGGAGUUCUGCGGCUUCUCCGACCCGGACGCAGAUACGGCUGCGGCUGCUUCGGACGAGGGUCGCCGCAACUCUGACGACAUGGUAAUCGACGAUUCGCUGUCCAAGGGGCACGACCCCAAGAUGUUUCACAACCUGCCGCCACUGGCCGCCAGCAAUGGUAUCGCCAGCGGUGCGAGCAAGGUCAACAAAGCCGGCAAGCCUGCCCAGCCGCAGCACAACGUGGUGGACAUGGUAGACCUGACCUCGUCCCCGUCGCCGGGCUCUUCGCCCGCGCAUGUACCCAACAACUUUACGGGACGCAUUUCGCCGAACAACCUGCUCAUCGAGUGCCUGCGUGCGCAAGCUGCACCUGUUAAUUUUACCACCCAGCAAACUGCCUCGCUCAGUUCAAAUAUCCUGCUUAGCCAGCUGACGGCGCCUGCUAAGGGCUUCACCACGGCCACGCCUCAGAGCAAAUCCAGCAAGUAUCCCCAGCUAACCGAGCGCCUGAUGGCCAAUGGUGGCCUUAGCGGCGGUGGAGGAGGAUCGGUUGUUGCGGCAGAAGGCGAAUCGGCCGUUGGUCCGCAGGCCUCCGCGAAUCCUGCGCAACCUGCCAUCGAGUCUAUCGAGAUCCUGGACACGCCUGAUGGCAGUCCGAGGGUUCCCUACAUGGACGAUGAGCACCCCCUGCCGUUGUACAACAACCAUCACCAAACCAACCGCAAGCAUGCCGGAACUCUCAGAGACGACCAGCACUUGGAGGACCAGGAGAUGCAGGAGCUGGACAACAACAACGAGAACCACUUAAAGCGCACCAGCAGCGAGGGCAACGAAUCUCCAAGUAGUGGCAUCCCUCCCAACAAACAGAGACGCAUGGACAAUGACGAGAACGACCAGCAGACACAGAAUUGUCACGAUCCCGCCAGGAAGUGUAAUGCCAGUCCCGGCGAAUCGCUGCAGGCGCUGCCGCCGUCACAUCGCUCGCGCAAACAGAAGCACGAGCGCAUUCUCAACACGGACCUGGAGGAUGCCCUCUUUCCACCCACCCAACAGCAUGCUAUACCUACUCCGGACCAGAAUGGAGCCCUGUCCUCGGAGGUCCAACUGGACGACGCCAAGGCCCAGGAUCCACUGGAACAGCCGCCCACUCCGCUCCCGCUGCCGGUGGCUACGUCGGCGAGCACGGGCAAGAAACGGGGGCGUCCGAAACGAAUUCAGAACCAGAGCACAGCCGAGUCUGCCGCAGUCACUCCCAAGCCCGACACUCCACCGGAGGAGGCCAGUAGCGCUGUCAAGUCGCGACGCGUACAACUGCUACGCAAGCGACUGGCCAUCGAUAUGGUGAGCGUGAGCCAAGCGCUGAAGGACGCGGCGACGAAGAACUCGUCUCUGGGCGAGCCAAACGCUCGGAUAAACGACGAAGAAGUUCCCGGUGCGCUGGAAACCCCCAAAAGUCGCGACCACCGCCAGCUGAGGGCCACGCGGCGCACCACGACCCACAAUCCCAGCCCGAACGCCAACCUGCAGCCCACUCCCAAGUCCACGCGAAAGCGCCAGAGCAAGGCUAGUGCCCAGCAUAGCCAGUUGGCGCCACCGCCGGCGAUGCCUCAGUUUGGUAGCUUGGAGGCCGAGUCCAACAACAAUAACAGCAGCAGCAUGUCCUUCGCUCUCGCCGCGCAGAUUGACCUAACCAUGUGCUCGUCCAGCUCGUCGACUUCCUCGGGCGCUGCCGCCAACCAGCAGGUGAUCAGCGGGAGCGGCAGCAGCUCCAUGCUGCCUCCGACAACCAUCCUGUCUUCUUCUGACCCGCUGCCCGAUGUCAUCUUCCAGCCAAACGAUUUUUCCUCGAUCAUGGCCACCCAACAGCUGCGCUCACCGCGCCCCUCAAGCAUCAGCGGUGGCAGUGCCGGCGGUAGCCAGCAAGAUUCCCAUGAUGAGGACAACUAUAACAGUGCGCUGGACAACUCCGGAGACGAAUCCGUCACAACGUUACCGAUGCUUUCAAUGGCAACUCCGACGCGAGGACGCGGACGUGGCCGGGGAUCCAGGGGAGGCGGCCGCAACAGAGGCUCUUCUUCGGCAGACCGAGCUGCCAGCGCCGGAGGCGGAGGCACCGGGUCCACAACACCAACCAUGCAGCCAAGGGCGCCGCGGAUGAGCCGUGGAGCAAGCGCCGUUGCCAAGGCCAUCGCCAUGAGUCGACCGCGCUGCGUUGGCGGCCUGAAGCACCAGCCCGAUCCGGAGAGACUCAAAGGCUUGUUCAGUCCGUCGCCGCAAGUGUUUGAGGAGGACACGCGUAUGAGCGCUGAUCUAAGCAACAGCAGUCAGUCGAUGACCAGCCUAAUGGAACCUCCUCUAACGCCACAGAAGCAACCCGACUUCCUUAACAACGAGGAGUCACAGUCGUCCAUGGUGAGCAAUGUAAGCAUGAUCGACUCGAACCAGGGUCAGUCCGUCGACGCUAUUCUGGGCUCAGCGCUCAAACGUCCAAAGAAAAAAAAGAUGGAAAUUUGCGUGGCCGAAGACACGGACUACAGUGCCUCCAGCAUUGCGGAGUACGACUGGCCACCGCCCAAAGGUUGCUGUCCUUCGAAAAACCGCGACACCUUUAUGAUCCAAGAGCAGGUGGCCCUCUAUCUGGGCAUCACGAGCUUCAAGCGCAAGUACCCGGAUCUGCCACGCCGCGCCGUCGACAUGGAGGAGCGCAAUUGGCUGCAGGAGAAGGGACUGGUCAGCGAGCGGAUGUGCGACCUGGGCAUCACCGCCGUGUGGGCCUCCGACAUCCUGGACAUUAUGUACGCGGACUUUUACGAUAAGUAUGAAGAGUACAAGGAGUACAUUCGCCAGAAGCACUUGCGCGAGAUCGAGGCUAAGCAGAAGGCUCUGGGACUGACGGUUGGGGCAGGAAAAGGUCUGCAAGCGCGUGACCGUGCCAUGCUAUCGGCUAGCAAGUGGAACGUUUACUUCAACAAGACCCGCAAGGAUGAGCGCCAGGUGUGUCUGGAUCUGCAGACAUUUACGAUAAAUCAGCCGCUGCAUAGGACGGCGCCCACCUCCACCUGCCUACAGCGCUCCAUUGUAAAUGUGGUGCGGGCGGCGGCAGAAGCGGAGAAUGUGCCGGAACCGCCCACUCUUCUGCCGCCCCGAGUCUACGACGAGGCCUUCCGCCACUCGGACUACGCCUAUCCGCUUACGGUGGUGCCGGACCAGUUCUCGUUGGCCUUCCGUCACUUCGAGCCCGCCGAGCUACGAGCCUAUCCACUGGACACGGCACUGGAUGUGCCUGCUGAUGUGAUGGCGCAGCUGCUGCAGGGACACAACGAAGCUUCUGGCAGUGAAGAAAUAAAAAUGCCCGCCUCGGCCGCCAAGGAUCUGGGGCAAGAGCCGUCUGCGAUCAAGACCCAAAUGGCAGCGGCGCCCAUUCGACGCAGCAGAAGAUCGGCACGGCAGCAGACGGACAAGGUCCGCACGGCCAGCAGCUCCAGCACUUCCUCCGCGCAGUCGCUCUCAUCCGCAUCCAGCGGCAACGGAAGCAGCAGUGAUACGGACAGCGGCGAUGAAAGCGACUCUAGCAGCAGCUCGAGUUGUUGCAGUUCGACCGGUGCCUCGAGUGGAGCUGGCAGCGAGGACGAGGAUGAGAACGAGUCCUCGCCGUCAACCAGGCUGUCCAACUGCGGUGUCUGCCUGCGCAGCCAGCAUCGCAAUGCCAGGGACAUGCCGGAGGCCUUCAUUCGCUGCUACAGCUGCCGAAGGCGCGUCCAUCCCAGCUGCAUUGAGAUGCCCCAGCGAAUGGUGGGUCGCGUGAGGAACUAUAACUGGCAGUGCGCCGGGUGCAAGUGCUGCAUCAAGUGCCGGAGCAGUCAGCGGCCAGGAAAGAUGCUCUACUGCGAGCAGUGCGACCGGGGUUACCACAUCUACUGCCUGGGUCUCAAGACGGUGCCGGAUGGACGCUGGAGCUGUGAACGGUGCUGUGUGUGCAUGCGAUGCGGAGCCACUCGGCCGGAGGGUCUGCCCCACGUGGCCGCUCUGUCCCAGGCCUCCGCGGUACCCUCGCCCAACGGGGACCGAUCAAAGGCGUUGUCACGCAGCAAGCGACUGAAAUGGGUGCAUGAGUACCGGGUUGACCACUUAACAAAGCUGCGGGAGCAUGCCGCCAUGUUCUGCGUGCCCUGUGCGCGGACCAAGCCUCCCAAGCGGCAGCCAGCGGCGGCGGCGACUACUGUGACUGCGACUGCGACUGCGACAGUCGCCUCCUUUUCGGAGAUCAUGUCCGCAAGCACGGAUGCCAGUCCGGUACCAAGUCCCGGCCUGACGCUUAAUGGAGACCGCGCUCUCUCACCGGAGGCGGGUGCUUCACUGAGUCCAAAGGCAGCUGUGCCCGUUUUGGAGGCGUCGUCGUCAUCGUCAUCGUCAUCGUCGGCGGUGACCACAAACAUUGCGGGAACGAUGAGCAAGCGGCAUCCGGGGAACGCGGUCAAUAUCACAACGAUGCAGUGCAGCAGCAGCACCUUCAGCGGGAACGGGGUCUCUGAGGAUGCGGCAACUGUCGCGGCCACGGGAACAGCGGCCACUGCGGCAGCAGGAGCUGGAUCUGGAGCACCGACUGCCACGCCCAUCGGCAUAGCUCCGCCGCCGGUUGUUGCCUGA